CCACCCCAAUGUUUGUAUUAUGUCAUAUAUAUUUCGAUUUUCCAAUCAUCUCAAACUUUUAUCCAUCAAUUUGCCAACUAUAUACAUCCAAACCCUUCUCUUUCCUUUCCUUUUUUUUUCUUUUUGCAUGCUUUAAUCACCCCCAAAACAACACACACAAGUUUUUUUCAUAACUCACUGUAUUUUUUUUUUGCAUGAUUCGUUGUUGCCAUUACUCGUUUACAAAUCUUGAUCAACUCUUUUUAGUGUUUUGGAGAAAUGGUUGUUUGUCUUUUUCGCUAAUUAUAGCUAAAAGUCUUUGCUUUUUGUUGUUUCGAGAUUGCGGUAACAUUUCUUGUUGAUGGGCCCUAUAAGAGGAAGCAAAAAGAAAAGGAAAAUAGAUGUUGAAAAUGGUUUGGUUCCUGAAGAUGCUUCUCUUGAUUGGUGGAAGGAUUUCUCUAAGAAAAUCGCAGGUUCGGUAUCUCCAUCGAGAGGUCUAGAGGAAUUUGAGUCUGUAUUCAAAGUAUCAAGAAAAACAUUUAACUACAUAUGCUCUAUCGUAAGCGAGCCUAUGAUGGCUAAAUCAGCAAACUUCGUUUUCUUGAAUGGGAAAUCAAUGUCUUUAAAUGAUCAAGUAGCUUUGGCUUUAAGACGAUUGAGCUCUGGUGACUCAUUAAUAGGUGUAGCCAACUUUUUUGGUACAAAUCACUCUACCGUUUCUCAGGUCACCUGGCGGUUUGUGGAGGCAAUAGAAGAACGUGGGAUCCACCACUUGCAAUGGCCGUCAACAGAAGAGGAAAUUGCACACAUAAAAUCCAAGUUUGAGAAUAUCAGAGGCCUUCCAAAUUGUUGUGGCGCGAUUGACACCACUCACAUUAUGAUGCUGUUGUCAGCAACAGAUCGAUCGCUAGAUGUUUGGCUGGACAGCAAUGACAAUCACAGUAUGAUCUUGCAGGUAAUCGUUGAUCCCGACAUGAGAUUCCGUGACAUAGUUACAGGAUGGCCCGGGAAAAUGGAUGAUGCAGCAGUGCUUCAAAAAUCGACUUUUUUCGAGCUAUCAGAAAAGGGGGAGAGACUAAAUGGGAAGAAACUGAAGCUUUCAGAAGGAACAGAACUUCAAGAAUACAUAGUUGGAGACUCGGGUUUUCCUCUUCUGCCGUGGCUGAUAACUCCAUUCCAAGGUAGAGAGCUACCCGAAACAAAAACCGAAUUCAACAAACGUCAUUAUGCAACACGGUUGGUGGCCCAGAGGGCAUUGGCCCGUUUGAAAGACGUAUGGAGGAUGAUUCAUGGAGUGAUGUGGCGACCUGACAAGACCAAGUUACCUAGAGUUAUACUGGCUUGUUGUAUCCUUCAUAAUAUCAUAAUUGACAUGGAAGAUGAUGUGUUAGAUGAGUUGACUUUGACUGUUAAACAUGACUCGGCAUAUCGCCCUGAGACUUGUGACAUGGCGGAUAAGAGUGCGUCAGUUUCGAGAGAUAAGUUGGCUCUUUACUUGUCGGGAAGACUGCAUGCUUGAUCUUUUUCAGACAUUUGGUUCAAGAAUGUUUAUAUUACAUAGCAAAAAGCUUGAAGCUCCAGAUACUAGUUCUUGUAUUUACAUAUUAUCAGGAAGCAUAUUGCAUUUUAUCCAUUUUGCA